CUAAAUUAGAUAGACAAGCCCUAGAAGAAGAAUAUGCUGCCUGCACGGUGAUCCCCAUUCCAGCAAAUCCACUUUUCAGUUUGUUCCCCACUCAAACAUUCAUCAUGUGAGUUCAUUGUUAAAUCGGGGCAAUUUUCCUCUGUACGAAAAGAAAUUUGGAUUGAAUCCUAACAAAGUCUUCCAUGGAAGAGGAGGCAUUUGAAGUAAGGAAGUUAGAGAUCUCGGAUAAAAAGAAGGGGUUCGUGGAGCUACUUCAGCAGCUGACUGUAUGCGACUCCAUCUCCGAUGAAGCAUUUGAAGAACGGUUUAGGGAGGUGGCUAAGUAUGGCGACGACCAUCUUAUAUGCGUGAUAGAAGAUAAAGGUUCAGGCAAGAUCAUUGCAACCGGGAGCGUCUUCAUAGAGAAGAAAUUCAUAAGGAAUUGUGGCAAAGUUGGUCACAUCGAAGAUGUGGUUGUGGAUUCCAACGUUCGAGGAAAGAAUUUAGGAAAGAAGAUAAUCGAAUUCCUAUCUGAUCACGCCCGGUCGAUGGGGUGUUACAAGGUGAUUCUCGAUUGCAGCAGCGACAACAUGCCGUUUUAUAAUAGGUGUGGUUUCAAGCAAAAGGAAAUGCAGAUGGUGAAGUAUUUUUAGUUCUUGAAAAGUUAAAGUUAAAGCAUUAGGAUUGUUUGAUGGAUUUUGGAUUGUUGUUGUUUCUUUUGUUUUACUUAUAUUGAUUGAUGGGGAAAAAGAAAAUACGGAAAUUUUAUCCUUGCAUCACAUUUAUUUGGAAGGGGAAAACACAGGAAAUUGGCACUUGAUCUAUUUCCUCAAACGAAGAGGAGGCGGAAGCGGCAUUGUUGCUCGCGAAGGCCACAUCGGCGCGGGAGGGCGCGUGCCUGCUGGUAGACCUGCUCGGAUUGGCCGGUUUGGUAGCGGCGGGUGCUCUGCUGCGCCUGCUUGACGGCCUGCCUGAUGGCCUCGCAGCCGCAUUGCUGGCGGUCCAUUUGCUUCAGCUCCCGGCAGCAGGCUUGAAGGGACGACGACGGCUGGUAGGAGUCGAGGACCUCCUCGUCCUCGUCCUCAUUCGAGUACGGGGUGCUCCUCUGCUGCAAGAAGCGCUGGCAGGAGUUGAAUCGACGCCCCUGCACCUGCUGCCUGCAUUGCUGGUAGUUAUCGCUGGCCUCUUCGUCGAAGGAGGUGGUGAAGGUGGUGGCGGUGGCAAGAGCCACCAGGGCCAUGAGGAGAGCUGCUGCGAGUGCCGCCUUGGUUGCCAUUAGGAUGUGGGAGAGAAGGUGAGUUUGUUGGUGGUGUGGUGUUGGUGACGCGUGGGCGGGGGGGUUUAUAUAGGGGAGUUGAGGGAUUGCAUGGGGUUUGACGUGUUGAUUGAUGGGGGAGAAUGAAAUAUGCGUAUGAUUGAUAUUGGUGGGGAGUUGAGGUAGCUACCACAUCGAUUGACAUGCAAAUGUUGACAAAACUCAUCUCAUUUUCAUUUGUUUGACACAUAUUUAGAGUUCAUUGAA